CGCAUUUGGGAAGAUUCUCUGGGGGGAGUUACCAGCACUGUUCCUGCUGAGUCAACUUCUGACUUUUUUACUGUGGGUUUUCCACACCGUUUACUUUGACAAAUGUAACUUUUUCCUUUUGAAUUUUUCCCCUUCUUCAUCUAACUCAAUUUUAUCUGUUGCAUUAGUUUGAAUGCAACAGAACUGAACUCUACCCGACUACCGGGUGCCGAGAAGCGCCUCCUCCAUCUUCAUUCUUGCACUGCGAUUAUGCUCGCUCAACAUGACACAUUUAAAUGGAUUUAUAAAUUGAAACGCGAUCUUGUUCAGGCCAACUGCAUCAGUGUGUGACUGAGAUGCGCUGAGUCAAAGUUUACAUCACGUCGAGGGCUUUCCUGAGAAUUACUCUCCAAACAUUGCAAUGGCUUCCAAUAUAAUUGUGGAACAUCAAAUCUCUCACAAAUUCACUGUGACUGUGGUUCGUGCUGAAAGUGUUACCAAAGGAGCGCUUGGUGACCUGCUGGAUACCCCAGAUCCAUAUGUGGAGCUGUUCAUCCCAACUGCUCCGGAAAGCAGGAAGAGGACGAAGCACAUAGACAACGACAUCAACCCAAAGUGGAAUGAGACUUUUCAUUUCAUUUUAGAUCCCUGCCAGCCGAAUGUGUUGGAGCUGACAUUAAUGGAUGCCAACUAUGUUAUGGACGAGACACUUGGGACGGCGUCCUUUGACAUCACCAAGCUCAAAGUGGGCCAGAAAAAGCUGGAAACGUUCAAAUUCGGAAAAGCAACCAAAGUACACUUGGAGAUGAUAGUGGAAAUCUGCACAAACCUGGACCUGAGGUUCAGCUUGGCCUUGUGUGACAAAGAGAAGGAGUUUCGACACACCCGCAGAGAGAGAGUGAUGCUCGGCAUUAAAAAGCUCCUCGACAUGGAGAAGCCUUGCUUCCUCCCCAGCUCUCCGCAGGAGGUUCCAGUGAUAGCCAUUGCAGGUUCAGGCGGGGGUUUUCGUGCAAUGGUCGGGUUUUCUGGAGUGAUGAAGGCCCUGUUUGAGUCUGGCGUCUUAGACUGUACCACAUAUGUUGCAGGCCUCUCUGGAUCCACGUGGUACAUGUCUGCUCUCUACUCCCACCCCGACUUUCCAGACAAGGGUCCGAAAGACAUCAACAGUGAGCUGAUGAAAAGAGUCAGCGGCAAUCCCCUCAGACUGCUGCUGCCCCAGCACAUCACCAACUACAUCCAGGCCCUGUGGACCAAAAAGGCAUCAGGGCAGCCAGUUACGUUUACCGAUGUAUUCGGCAUGCUCAUAGGAGAAACUCUUAUACCUGCGAGAAUGGAUAUCAAGCUAAGUAAAAUCCAGGGGAAAAUAAACCAGUCCCAGAGCCCUCUACCUCUCUUCACAUGUCUACACGUCAAACCAGAUGUUUCAGAGCUCAUGUUUGCAGAUUGGGUGGAGUUCACCCCGUAUGAAAUCGGAAUGGCAAAAUAUGGCACCUUCAUGACGCCCGACCUGUUUGGAAGCAAGUUCUUCAUGGGAACAGUUGUGAAGAAGUAUGAAGAGAACCCUCUUCAUUUCCUGAUGGGUGUGUGGGGAAGUGCCUUCUCCAUUCUGUUCAACCGCGUGCUGGGAGUCAAGGACACAGCCGGAGGCAGCACCAUGGAGGAGGAAUUAGAGCAAAUCAAACCCCAGCACAUUGUUGGAGAGGACAGCCUUGACAAUGACGAUGAACCAAGAAAAGGUGGAACAGAAAACCAAGAUUCAGAGGAGGAGUAUAGCCGCACCGCUCAGGCCAGCUGGGUUCAGAGAAUGUUCACUUCGCUCUUUAGUGACUCUGCCCUGUUCAAUACAAGAGAGGGUCGAGCUGGAAAGGUGCAUAACUUCAUGCUGGGCCUGAACCUGAACACCAGCAUCCCCUUUUCUCCUACAACGGAAAUGUCACAUCCUCUGCUUACACCUGAAGAUGAAGUGGAUGCUGUAACAGAUCCAGAUGAGUUUGACCGUAUUUAUGAACCUCUGGACGUGAAGAGUAAGAAGAUCCAUGUGGUAGACAGCGGCUUGACCUACAACCUUCCCUACCCACUCCUCCUACGGCCGCAACGCGGUGUUGACCUCAUCAUCUCAUUUGAUUUUUCUGCUCGACCGAGCGAUUCCAGUCCUCCAUUCAAGGAGCUGCUGUUAGCAGAAAAGUGGGCCAGGAUGAAUAAGCUCCCGUUCCCUAAGAUUGACCCAAAAGUGUUUGAUCGUGAGGGUCUGAAGGAAUGCUAUGUCUUCAAACCCAAGAAGGGGGAAAAGAAUUGCCCGACUGUGAUCCACUUUGUCCUGGUCAACAUUAACUUCAGGAAAUUCAAAGCGCCCGGGGUUCCCAGAGUGACUGAGAAGGAGAAGGAGUUGGCUGAUUUCGACAUCUUUGAUGACCCGGAGUCGCCAUUUUCAACUUUCAACUUCCAGUACUCCAAUGAGGCUUUCACCCGACUUCAUGACCUGAUGGAGUUCAACACCCUCAACAACCUCGAGGUUAUUAAAGAGGCUAUCAAGGAUUGUAUUGUGGCACAGAAGGAGAUUCCCUCAAGCCACUCUCUUUCCUUCUCCCUCAGCAACAUCCCUAAAAAGAAGUUUUUCAAAAGAGAUCCUGAUUCAAACCCCUGGAAUCACCUGGGAAAGGAUGGCCAGUAGUUCCAGGAUAAGACUUUGAAUAAAGAGACUUCUUCUAGUUUUGGUGAUUUUGCCUUAAAGUUAAGUGUUUAACUUUAGGAAAAUGCUCCUGUCCUGAUCUACAGGAUGACUUGAUGUAAUUCAGAGAUAAGACCUGAGAAAAGUGAACCUUUGUGUGGAAAAUCUCUGAUAAAAAUCUUGGGCUUGGACUCCAUUGCGACAGCAUUCUUAUUUGGUUUUAUGUUCACAUCUGAUUUCUGGAAAAACACAGAUGGCUGAUAAUUAUUUCACACCCCACUGCAAUUUCAUGGCUUCAACUGCAGUCAACAGUGUUGUUAGGGAGAUGUUUUUGUUUUAUUUUUUGACUUGUCUCUGUCAAAUCUUUUUACUCAUCUGAUUUUUCUGCCAAAGCACAACAUUCCCACUAGUUUAGGACACGUCCCUUUGAGCCUUAUCUGCAUCUUCCAGAGAAAUAUUUUGGCGUCCUGUUGCUCGUAAAUUCUACUGUCAAAUUACUUUAGGAAGCCUCAUUUGCCGUUUUUGUGGGCUGAACUCUUUUCGAACUAAAUGUGUGGCUGUAGAGCAUGUACUUUUUAAAAACAUUUUUUUCAUUAUACUGCCUGUCUUAACUUGUAAUCUUGUUUAAAGAUAUGGAUAGGGAUCUCAUAACUUUUGUUUGUGUGUGAUGGUAGCUCCUAAACACGCAACCUGCACCCCCUCUGGAUAUUUUAAACAUCUUAACGAUGUUUACCCACCUACGUAGCAGGAGCACUCCCUGCUGCCCGGAAGGGAGUGACAAAUUAAAGCUAUCAUUUUUUUAAAAACAAAACCCAUUACCAUAGCAACAGCUGUUCACUCUCUUCCUUUAACAUUUUAUUUUAGCACCAGUGUAAAUAUGUGUUUAUUCACCUGACCGGUUUGGUCCAAAAUUCAAACUUUCUUUGACAAUCUCUUGCUCCAAAAAACAAACAAAAAAAAAAAAACGUUGCUUCUGGAUGCUUUAGACUUUGGAAUCAAGUGUGGGUGGAGUGGUGUAUGCCGUUACAAGUGCAACGAUGGCCCUCUAUUCAACAAUAUCGGGUGGAAUUUUACACACUACACCUACACCUGCAGCAGUAAAGGGCCUGGAAUCUGACACACUACACCUAACGCCUGCAGGGGCCUUAAAGGCUGCAAACACAGAGGGGAGGAAUUUUUUACUGAAGCACUUCCAAUCUCUCUGCAGUCAUGUUUCGACCAUGGCUGUCUGGAAACAAUCUGAGAUAAAGGGUAGAAUCAAGCUUCAGGGUUGUGUGAUUAGGAAAUAUUUCUUUUUAGUUUUAUUUUUUAUUUUUUGUCAAUUUGUGUCUUUCUUUUAGUUUUAUUUAUGUUUUUAAAAGUUGUGGUAAUCUUGUGUGUUCUUUAAAAAAAUGACCUUUUGGGGAAAUCAUUCAUUCACCAUUUGAGAUAAAUUUAUAGCAAAGAUAAAAAAAUUUUUUUUAGGUCUACACAGUGCCUUGGAGAAGUAUUAGGACUGAAAAAUUUCAGUGUAUUUUAUUGGUUUUUCAUAUUAGAGCAAGACAAAAUAGUAAAGGUACAAUUUGAAUACUUUGCUAUGUAUUUUUAUUCACCCCACCUAAUUUAAUACUUUGUUGAAAUACCUACUGCUAUAAUUACAUCUGCAACUCUUUUGGUGUUCUUCACCAACAGAGUUGCAACCAACUUUGCACACCUAGCAACUAACAUUUUAGCCAAUUCUUAUUUGGAAAAUUUCUUAAGCUCAUUAUACGGUGAACAUCUGUGAAAACGUGUCUUCAUAUCUUGUUCCAGAUUCUCAAUUAGAAUGAGAUCAGGACUUUGACUAGGUAUCAAAGUAAGCCGGGUGAAAACAUAUGCAUACGUUUGGAUUUUUGGCCACUUCGUUUUGCUCUAAUGCAUAAAAUUCCAAUAAAAUGGUUUGUGUUGUAAUGUGACAAAAUACUGGAGACUGUAAAGAGGGUUAGAGUUGGCUUGAAAUUUGUAGAUAAGUUCAAAGUCAAUUACAAAUCUGAGCCAACAGAGGUUGGCUUUUUAAUCACAGAAAACCCUUUAAGGACUUUAUACUGGAAACUUAUUCAUUUGUUUAUUUAUCUUGCUACUAGAUAAAUAAACAAAUGAAUAAUCUCAAUAAUGCUCAAUAAGCAUUAUUGAGAUUAUUUUAGACUAAUUCUGUUGAUUCAAUGGCCACAAAUAUUUAUAAAAAUAUAUUUAUACUCAAUAUUUCUUCUUAAUAAACUCAAGAUUGAAAAUAAUGACAGUUUGAGUAAAACCUUCAUAUUACAAAUAUCUUGAUCUCAUUAUUUCUUUUUUUGGGUUUGUUUUAAACAAAACCUUCUGGCUUUUUCAUGCUGCUUUAUUCACCGUUCUCAUCCCCCUGCGUAAAAGACAAUGAAUAGGGGGCCUUCCUCAGUGUAAUCUGUUGGGUUAAAGCAAUGAUGAUUUUUUUUUCUGCUUCCAAUCUGCAUUUAGAGCAGGGUUCAAGUUGUUGUGUUGUUUUGUUUUUUUGGAAAUUUUAUUGUAAGAUUAAUUUCUUUUGACAACGUUUACAUGUAACAAACUGAAAGGUUAGUUCUUUGAUUUGAGAUAUGAACAGUCAUUCUCCUGUGAUCAUUUAACUGUAUUAUAACUGGUGAGGCAUGCCAUCCUUAACUGUUGUGUUUGUGUUAAGGAUGGUUAAAAAAAGGAGAGAGGACCGUUUCUUCUCAUGAUGUUUUCUAUUAAAAUAUUUGACAUCUGUGAGAA